CGUCGGUCAACGUUCCCACGGGUGGCCGAACUCCGAUCUAAACAGUCAGUGGUCUCUGGCACUGGGACAUCAGUAUUCGUCUCUUGGCUCGCAGCCCAUCCUGUGUGGUAGUAUCCCUGGACUCGUCCCAAAGCAACUUCGCUUCUGCAGGAACUACAUCGAGAUCAUGCCCAGUGUAGCCGAGGGGGUCAAGAUCGGAAUCCAGGAAUGUCAGCAUCAGUUCAGGGGUAGGAGAUGGAACUGCACCACGGUCAAUGACAACCUGGCUAUCUUUGGGCCAGUAUUAGAUAAAGCCACCCGGGAAUCUGCCUUUGUCCAUGCCAUUGCCUCAGCUGGAGUGGCAUUUGCUGUGACACGCUCCUGCGCUGAGGGCUCCAACACUAUCUGUGGCUGUGACUCACACCACAAGGGCCCACCAGGCGAAGGCUGGAAGUGGGGAGGCUGCAGUGAGGAUGCUGAGUUUGGAGUACUGGUCUCCAGGGAGUUUGCUGAUGCCCGAGAGAACAGGCCAGAUGCUAGGUCUGCUAUGAACAGGCACAACAAUGAGGCUGGACGGACGUCAAUACUGGAUCACAUGCAUCUGAAAUGUAAGUGUCACGGUUUGUCCGGGAGCUGUGAAGUGAAGACCUGUUGGUGGGCGCAGCCAGAUUUCCGGGUCAUUGGGGACUAUCUGAAAGACAAAUAUGACAGUGCCUCUGAGAUGGUGGUGGAGAAGCACAGAGAGUCCCGGGGUUGGGUGGAGACCCUUCGUGCAAAAUACGAGCUUUUUAAGCCCCCAACUGAGCGAGACCUUGUCUACUAUGAAAACUCGCCAAACUUUUGCGAGCCGAACGCUGAGACAGGAUCCUUUGGGACCAGGGACAGGAUCUGCAAUGUCACCUCUCAUGGGAUCGAUGGCUGUGACUUGCUCUGCUGUGGCCGUGGACAUAACACCAGGACGGAGAAACGCAAGGAAAAAUGUCACUGCAUAUUCCACUGGUGCUGCUAUGUCAGUUGCCAGGAAUGCAUUCGAGUGUACGAUGUACACACGUGCAAAUAACAGGACAGACAAACACAUGUAAGGUCACACAAUAUGGAACCUUCCAGUUAUUGUUGGGUCAAAACAAAAAUGGCGCACUUUACUGUGCAUGUACAUGGCAGAAAUGAAUUCUGGGAAAUGUAGUCUUUUCACCAAUUUAUUCAAUUUCUCGUUGGAGCUUCAAACAAAAAUCUUAGUCUGAACCAAAAAGCACACCAGAUUAAAAAAGACAUUGCAAAGUUCAUCAUUUGAUCUAAAAAUGCUACAUUGGGAUGAUUUACUCUCAACUUGAAAUUGCAGAUUUUCAUUUAUAGUGAUUGGUGAAAACAUUAGCAAACAAAUUUCCUAAAAUCCCAAGUUUUCCAUUGCCACAACUUUAUUUUAGUUUCCUACUGUUGCCAAUGUUGUUGGGGUCAAUCAGAAUGACAACCUGCUCAGUAGAUGGUGAGGGAAUGGAAAAAUUCUCCAGCACUAUCAAUAUUUAGCUGGAUCCCCAAUUGCAAUUGGGUUAUCUUUGUCACUUCUGGGAUGGGAUGCCUAACAAAUGCAAAUCCCAUUAGAAUUUGAUCUUCUAUCCAUGGUUUCAGACUUGCCACUGGGUCAGAGGUGAAAGAAAGGAAGGUACCAGUAUAGUGUUUAUAAAUGACAUAUACAUUGACGUAAAUUUAUACAGAGUUAACAUCAGAAGUAUCAAUAGGAUUUUCUGGAAGCUCUAGAGAGAGGGGCCCAUAAAGGACAUGGAUUGCUAGACAUUUCUACAGCAAUGACAGUUGAAGAAAGUUUUUUUAAAAAAAAGUUUGGAAAA